AUGAGUGGGGCUAUGUUCAGCUUUGCUGCAGCCAUCUGGCCCUGUGUGGGAGACUUCAGCUCUUGCGGUAGUACUCAUAGCCCUGUGCAACCGGGACGUGUCCAGCUCCUGAACGGCUUCUCUGCCUGGGAGGUAGCAGAGGUGCUCAGGCUGUCCAGUGCCAUGGGGUUUGGAGACACUGAACGGGCAGUGGAAAUUCUGACCAGAUACCAAAGCACCCUGCGGUCCCCAGAGGAGCAGGAGCUAAAAGCUUCCAUUGGAAAAGUCUCGCACAUCUUCCAAAGUGAACUCUUCCAGGCUCUGCUGGAUAUCCACGAAUUCUACGAUUUCACACUGCGCUCCGCACCCCUGCAGCCUCCCAGCCCGGACGCACGUCGCAGCACAGCCAGGCAGCAGCAUGAGGCCAGCGAGCCCAGCUCCACAGUCACAGCUGGAGAGCCCCAAAACCUCCCUGAGGAUGUGUCCCAGGACAGUGAGCAGAGGCUUCCCGCAGGGGCUGGGGACAGCACGCUGGGGAUGACGCCACGGCUGGUGAGGGUGACAGCACGGAGGACGGAGGCACCGGCCAGCGUCUGCAGCCUGGUCCUUGGCUCUCGCAGCGCCCUGCCCCAGGCCAACCCUGCUCCCAUUAUCGUGAACACAGACUCGCUGGAACAAGGGCUCUCUGUGAACGGCAGCGAUGGGAUGUUCAAAUAUGAGGAGAUUGUCUUGGAAAGGGGUAACUCCGGCCUUGGCUUCAGCAUAGCAGGAGGAAUUGAUAACCCCCACAUUCCAGAUGACCCGGGUAUCUUCAUCACCAAAAUCAUCCCCGGGGGAGCAGCAGCCAUGGACGGCCGUCUGGGGGUGAACGACUGUGUGCUGCGAGUGAAUGACGUGGACGUCUCCGAGGUGGUGCACAGCAAAGCCGUGGAGGCUCUGAAGGAAGCGGGCCCUGUGGUACGGCUCGUGGUGCGCCGCCGGCAGCCCCCGCCAGAGACCAUCAUGGAGGUCAACCUGAUGAAGGGCCCCAAAGGCCUGGGGUUCAGCAUCGCAGGGGGCAUCGGAAACCAGCACAUCCCCGGGGACAACAGCAUCUACAUCACCAAGAUCAUCGAGGGAGGCGCUGCCCAGAAGGAUGGGCGCCUGCAGAUCGGGGACCGGCUGCUCGCGGUGAAUAACACGAACCUGCAGGACGUGCGGCACGAGGAGGCAGUGGCCGCCCUGAAGAACACCUCCGACAUGGUGUACCUGAAGGUGGCCAAGCCUGGCAACAUCCACCUCAACGACAUGUAUGCGCCCCCCGACUAUGCCAGCACCUUCUCAGCCUUGGCUGACAACCACAUAAGCCAUAACUCCAGUCUGGGCUACCUGGGCAGCGUUGAGAGCAAGCCUGCCUACCCCGUCCCUCCCCAGGUGACUCCGUCCCGGUACUCGCCCAUCCCUCGGCACAUGAUCGGGGAUGAGGACUUCACCAGGGAGCCCCGGAAAAUCAUCCUGCACAAAGGCUCCACUGGCCUGGGCUUCAACAUUGUUGGGGGGGAAGAUGGUGAGGGGAUCUUCGUGUCCUUCAUCCUGGCUGGAGGCCCUGCCGACCUCAGUGGGGAGCUGCGGAGGGGAGACCGCAUCCUCUCGGUGAACGGGCUCAUGGGCAAGAUGCCCCACGGACAAGCAGUCACUGCCUCUCUCGGCGCUUACCAGUUGCGCCCUGCUCGGUGCUGGGUGGUGGCUUGGGGGCAGCUCCUGCCUGCACUGACCACCUCUCUCCCUGCAGAGUACAGCCGCUUCGAGUCAAAGAUCCACGAUCUGAGAGAGCAGAUGAUGAACAGCAGCAUGAGCUCCGGCUCCGGCUCGCUCCGGACAAGUGAGAAGAGAUCGCUCUAUGUCCGAGCCCUGUUUGACUACGACCGGACCCGGGACAGUUGCUUGCCCAGCCAGGGGCUCAGCUUCUCCUAUGGGGACAUCCUGCAUGUCAUCAACGCCUCCGAUGAUGAGUGGUGGCAAGCCAGGCUUGUCACACCCCACGGCGAGAGCGAGCAGAUUGGGGUCAUCCCCAGCAAGAAAAGGGUGGAAAAGAAGGAGCGAGCACGGUUGAAAACGGUGAAAUUCCACGCCAGGACUGGCAUGAUUGAGUCCAACAGGGACUUCCCUGGGUUAAGUGACGAUUAUUAUGGAGCAAAGAACCUGAAGGGCGUGACAUCAAACACCAGUGACAGCGAGAGCAGUUCCAAAGGACAAGAGGACACCAUCCUGUCAUACGAGCCAGUGACGCGGCAAGAAAUUCACUAUGCGAGGCCGGUGAUCAUCCUGGGCCCAACAAAGGACCGAAUUAAUGAUGACCUCAUCUCCGAAUUCCCACACAAGUUUGGUUCCUGUGUGCCACACACUACCAGGCCUCGGCGCGAGAACGAGGUGGACGGACAAGACUACCACUUCGUCGUAUCCCGUGAACAGAUGGAGAAAGACAUCCAGGACAACAAGUUCAUAGAGGCUGGGCAGUUCAAUGACAAUCUCUAUGGGACCAGCAUUCAGUCAGUGCGAGCAGUAGCGGAGAGGGGGAAACACUGCAUCCUGGAUGUGUCUGGCAAUGCUAUCAAGAGGUUGCAACAAGCACAACUUUAUCCCAUUGCCAUUUUCAUCAAACCAAAAUCCAUCGAAGCUCUCAUGGAGAUGAACCGGAGACAGACGUAUGAACAGGCCAACAAGGUCUUUGACAAAGCCAUGAAACUCGAGCAAGAGUUUGGAGAGUAUUUUACAGCCAUCGUACAAGGAGACUCUCUUGAAGAGAUUUACAGCAAAAUCAAACAGAUCAUUGAGGACCAGUCCGGGCACUACAUCUGGGUCCCAUCCCCAGAGAAACUCUGA